GGGCUAUAGACUGAACAUACAUGGGUCAUAAAGGAUUCGAAGAAGUAGAGGAGAAGGACGCGUAAGAAAUACUCCGCAAUAGGGUUUAAACGACGUUGUUGUUGUUUGUUGAUAUUGCUAAGUGGCUGACGGUCGUAAAGGCAAGCGUGUGCUACAACAGUGAUUAUACGAUUUUGACCGGACUACUAUGAUAAGUGCGCGACGGUGCAGUGACUGGGACAUUGCACGUCAGCAAUGAGUUCCAAAUUCAUCAUUGAUAGCAUGCUCCCCAAGUACCAUCAACAGUUCCAUCAUCAGCAAUUAUUUCAAAGUCCUGCCAACACCUCAUCAAUUGAAGCCAGCCUCGCUUCCGUCGUCAACUACUCAUCCUCAGGUUCGCCAACGGGCUCUUCGCCGCAACAUUCGAACAGCAGCGCCUCAUCCACAUCACCAGCAUCCAGAAUGUAUCCUUACGUGUCGGCUGCCACGGCGGCGGCCCAUCACCACCACCAGCAGCAGGCAGUGGCAGCGGCGGCAUUCAACGCGGCCGCCGCUUCCGGCAGCAUGGUUCCAGGAGGAUUCCCGACAAGCGCCAGCACGGCCGCUCUGGCGGCCGCCGCAGCCGUGGACGCCGCCACCGACAAAUCAUGCAGGUACACAGCCGGUUUGGCGGGCAACGUAGCUCCCUCAGACUCCAUGGUGAAUUACACCCUUGGCCAUCAUCACCAAAACGGUGCAGCCGUGUCCGCCGCCAACUCGGUUAGCGCCGCGUCGGCCUCCAUGGCGGUGGCGGCGCAAUUCUACCACCAGGCCGCCAGUGCCGUCGUCGACCCGCUGAAUUCCUGCUCGCAACCCACCGCCCCCGGCGGACAACCCAUCCCCGACAUACCCAGAUAUCCAUGGAUGUCAAUCACAGACUGGAUGAGUCCCUUUGAUCGGGUCGUCUGUGGUGAGUACAAUGGUCCAAACGGAUGUCCAAGACGACGAGGCAGACAAACCUACACGCGGUUUCAAACCCUCGAACUUGAAAAAGAAUUCCAUUUCAACCACUAUUUGACACGUAGAAGGCGAAUCGAGAUCGCACACGCGUUGUGUCUAACGGAACGACAGAUCAAAAUCUGGUUCCAAAACAGACGAAUGAAGCUGAAAAAAGAGUUGCGUGCCGUGAAGGAGAUCAACGAACAAGCCCGACGGGAAAGGGAGGAACAGGAGAGACACAAGCAGCAACAGCAGGAGAAACAGCAAAAGAUCGAACAACAAAGUCAUUCCUCCAUACACCAGCACAUACACGAUCCCAUGAAGAUUGGAUUGGAGAAGAGUGGAAAUUCUGAUCUCAUGAAAGCAGUCAGCAAAGUUCCGACAUAAAAGCAUCAAAGUUCUGCUGGCAGCAUCUAAGACUAAGUAUUUCGUGAUGUGCGGCAAAAAAGUGUUAAUAAAUCAAUUCGAACUCCUUAUGGCGAGUUUUGGACCUUUACGUUUUUUUUUUAAACUGCGCGAUCAAAUUUGUUUGUGCAGUCCGUGGCUUCGUUAUAUUUUGUGUUUUGUUUGUUGUACAUAA